AUGAUUGAAUGGAAUAACAAUGGGGAAAGUUCACAAGUUAACGGUUCUAUUGGCAGAGGUCGUGUGGAUGUAUUUUACAAUGGAGAAUGGGGAACAAUUUGUGAUGAUGGCUGGGAUUUAAACGAUGCUAAAGUUGUUUGUCGACAACUUGGUUAUGACUAUGCUGUCAGGGCUUUACUAGGAGAUAAUGUUCUACAUGGCAGUGGAAGAAUAUGGUUAGACGAAGUUCGUUGUGUAGGAAAUGAAAAUAAUAUUUCGAGUUGUUCACAUAGUGGAUGGGGAUCACAUAAUUGUACACAUGAUGAAGAUGCUGGUAUACAAUGUUCAGUUAUCAACUCUGUUAGACUUCGGGGACCAGAAAGUUCUAUUGGCAAAGGUCGUGUAGAAGUAUUUUACAAUGGAGAAUGGGGAACAAUUUGUGAUCGUGGCUGGAAUAUAAACGAUGCUAAAGUUGUGUGUCGACAACUUGGUUAUGACUAUUAUUUCAGGGCUUUACUAGGAGGUAAUGUUCCUUAUGGCAGUGGAAGGAUAUGGUUAGACGGCGUUCGUUGUGUAGGAAAUGAAAGUAAUAUUACGAGUUGUUCACAUAGAGAAUGGGGAUUGCAUUAUUGUACGCAUUAUGAAGAUGCUGGUGUACAAUGUUCAGUUAUCAACUCUGUUAGACUUCGGGGACCAGAAAGUUCUAUUGGCAAAGGUCGUGUAGAGGUAUUUUACAAUGGAGAAUGGGGAACAAUUUGUGAUGAUGGCUGGGAUAUAAACGAUGCUAAAGUUGUGUGUCGACAACUUGGUUAUGACUAUUAUUUCAGGGCUUUACUAGGAGGUAAUGUUCCACGUGGCAGUGGAAGAAUAUGGUUAGACGACGUUCAAUGUGUAGGAAAUGAAAGUAAUAUUUCGAGUUGUUCACAUAGAGAAUGGGGAUUGCAUAAUUGUAGACAUUAUCAAGAUGCUGGUGUACAAUGUUCAGGCUCUAAGGAAAGAUCCUAGUGAUGGGGAAUCAUGUCAAAGAAAUACACUAAAAACUUAAUUCUAAUCGAAGAUCGUAAAAAGUGUCGUGGAAAAUUUGAAAGCUUAUGUAGAAAAUGCUGUGUGUUUGACAUUUUAUCCAUUGUUGAAAUGUAUCUGUACACAAAACUACGUGUAAACAAAUUGUAAUCAACCAUAUUAUCAUAUAAAGUAAAUGUACAUAUUAUCAUAAUCUAUAAAAAAAAGUAAAAUGAUGAAGUUUAAUUUCUGCUAAGAAUAAAAUAUUAUUGACAAAUCAAAUGAUUUACUGAAUUACAUUAUCUUUGACAAUUGACAAA